AUGGCUUCUCGGUGUCGGAAAUGUGGACAACAGGUGCCCAGGAAUCCACCUUUCACUGCUGUCCGGAUAACAGAAGGAGAAAUGAAAUCUUAUCAUGAUUUUAUAGGAGGAUGCAUUAGACUGGAGCGAAUGGCAAAGAAAGAUGAAAUCAUGCAGCAGGAGAUACGGCCGCUGGUUGCAGUGGAUAUAAUAGAGCAGCUCCACAGGCAAUUUGCUAUCUUGUCAGGAGGAAGAGGGAAGGAUGGGGCACCCAUUAUAACCUUUCCAGAAUUUGCAGGAUUCAGUGACAUACCUGAUGAAGAUUUUCUGAACGUGGUCACAUACCUAACCAGCAUUCCCAGUCUGGAGGCUGCCAGCAUCGGAUUCAUCAUCAUCAUAGACAGACGACGGGACAAAUGGAGCGCAGUCAAGGCAUCCCUGACACGGAUAGCAGGAGCAUUUCCAGGAAACCUGCAGCUGGUGUUUGUCCUGCGACCCUCCCGCUUUAUCCAAAGGACAAUCGCUGAUAUUGGCAUUAAACUCUAUCGAGAUGACUUUAAAAUGAAGGUACCGAUCAUCAUGUUAAAUUCUGUCUCUGAUCUGCAUGGCUAUAUUGACAAAAGUCAGCUGACCCGGGAGCUGGGAGGAACCCUGGAGUAUGGCCACAGUCAGUGGAUACAUCACCGAACUGCUAUUGAAAACUUUGCAAUGACAGUAAAAACAACAGCACAGAUGCUACAGACCUUUGGAACAGACCUAGCAGAGACUGAACUUCCCAACGACGUGCAGUGCACAGAGGAGCUCCUCUCCGCACACACUGACCACCACAGCAAGCUGAAGGAUGAGCUGAAACUAGCUGUGAAGCAGGGGGCCACCCUACUGACAUGCAUUAGGGAGCCAGUUACCCGAAGCGCCAACAGCAAACUCAGUCCAGAUGAACUGGAAAAUGUGGCAACAGUAGAAAGGUUGUUGGCUCAGUUAGAUGAAACAGAAAAGGCUUUUGAUCAAUUUUGGACGAAGCAUCACCUAAAACUAGAACAAUGCCUGCAGCUUCGACACUUUGAACAUGAUUUUAGAGAGGUAAAACUGACAUUGGAUAAUCUCAUGGAAGCACAAGCAGGUUUUGCUGACAUUGGUGACAGUGUGACUCGAGUGGAGCACCUCCUAAGGGAACAGAAACAACUGGAAGAGAAAGGACAGGAACCUUUGGAGAAGGCCCAGUCUCUAGCUCUCCAUGGAGAACAGCUCAUCCAAAACAACCAUUAUGCAGUUGACUCCAUUAGACCAAAGUGUGUUGAACUCAGGCGUAUUUGUGACGACUUUACCAAUGAGACCAAGAAAAAGUAUGAUAUUUUGGGAAAGUCCCUUGAGCUGCAUAAGCAGUUAGAUAAGGCAAGCCAAUGGUGUGAAGCUGGAAUCUACCUCUUAGCUUCUCAAGCUGUGGACAAGUGCCAGUCACAAGAGGGAGCUGAAACUGCACUCGUUGAAAUUGAGAAGUUCCUGGUAACAGCUAAAGAACACCAGCUCUCUAACCCGAAGGAGUUCUACAAUCAGUUUGACAUGAUCCUCACCCCCGAAAUAAAGGCCAAUGCCCAAAGAAUUCUACAAAAACUAGAAGAUGUACAAGAAAUGUUUGACAAGAGGCAAGUAAGUCUGAAGAAGCUGGCAGCCAAACAGACCCGGCCAGUACAACCUGUUGCCCCACAUCCUGAAUCUUCCCCAAAGCGAGCAUCACCAAAGAUUACCAGACCAGCAGGAGUAGCUACCAACAGGAGGUCCACAGAAAUUUCCUGCCCUCCAAAGACCAUUUCUGAAGUAGAGUUAUCAAAAAAGAAAAACAUUAAGAAGACUAAAGGUGGAAUUAAGAUUGAAGUGAUGCAUGAAGCUAGUCAAGGAGGAUCUAGCAGAGUCCUGGUGAUGAGUGAAAGCGAUGAGAACUUGUCAACACGGAGGAGCCACAUAAUCAAUGAGCUGAUAGAAACAGAACGGGUUUAUGUAGAAGAACUUCAAAGUAUAAUAGAGGGGUAUGCUUCAGAAAUGGACAAUCCCAAUUUAGUACAUCUGAUUCCAUCUGCACUCCAGAACAAGAAGGAAAUUCUUUUUGGGAACCUCCCAGAAAUCUACGAAUUCCACAACAGGAUUUUCCUUAAGGAGAUAGAAAAUUGCAUUGAAAACCCUGAGCUUCUUGCCCGAUGCUUUUUGAAAAGAAAAGAGGACCUCCAAAUAUAUGAAAAAUACUGUCAGAACAAGCCAAGGUCCGAAGCUCUCUGGAGACAGUGUGGAGACAGCAUCUUUUUUCAGGAAUGUCAGCGUAAAUUGGAUCAUAAGCUCUCGCUAGAUGCUUAUCUCUUAAAGCCAGUCCAGAGAAUCACCAAGUACCAGUUGCUGUUAAAGGAAAUGCUGAAGUGCAGCAAGAAUUCGGAGGGUACUGCUGAACUGGAAGAAGCCCUGGCCACAAUGCUUGAUAUCAUCAAAUCAGUAAAUGACUCCAUGCACCAGAUAGCUAUCACAGGAUAUGAGGGAGAUGUCAGUGAGCUUGGCAAGCUGUUGAUGCAAGGUUCCUUCAAUGUGUGGACUGACCACAAGAAGGGGCACAACAAGGUGAAGGACUUGGCUAGAUUCAAACCGAUGCAAAGACACCUCUUCCUCUAUACAAAGAUGCUACUUUUCUGCAAGAAACGGGAGGAGAACACAGAUGGCCAUGAGAAGACGGCUUCAUACAGCUUUAAAAAUUCGUUAAAGAUGAGCACUGUGGGCAUUACAGAAAAUGUAAAAGGGGAUAACAAGAAGUUUGAGAUCUGGUAUAAUGGCAGAGAAGAGGUCUAUAUCAUUCAGGCAUCUUCUGUUGAGCUGAAAAACACUUGGAUUUCAGAGAUUCGCAAAGUCCUGACAGGACAACUGGAAGCAUGUAGAGAAGCAAGUCAACUGCACCAAAGAAUCACCGAGAGCGUAUACCAUGCACCAAUGGAUUCCUCCAAUGCAAGCAGAUAUAUCAGGAAGUCAUCAAGUAUAUAUGAAAACAAAUCUGAGACAUCAAACAUGGAAGCAUCUAACAAUAAAAACAGGAAUUCCAGUCCCAGCGCCAGACAAAAGAGAGUUGAUGCUUCCACCAGCCUUAACCUUGAGCGCACAGCGCUUGCUAGAAAGCGAUUCACAUUGCAAGGUCUUUCCAACCGCAGAGCUCCACCCAAAGAUCCAGAAUCUAAGGAAAGAGAAGUUACCCGUCGCUUUUCCCUAGCCUCCUCCAUCAGCACCACAGUUAAUGCUUCUGCUGUGACCAAAGGUCCCCUUGUUCCUGCAGUUAAAGUCAAGAGACAUGAAAUAAAGAGUGACCCAACUCCCCUGGGGUUUGAAGAUGCUUUUGAGAACACCAUAUUGGCCCAGACUAAAUGUAAUACUGGUUCCACCACGAGACCCGUACCUAGAUCUGCUUCACAGACAGGUUGGCCCAGCAGGCAAAUGCCAUCUCUAGACACAUUUGAAGAUUUUGAAGCCAUCCCCUCCAGCACAGAUGAACUCUCCAACUCCUCUGACUUGGAGGAAGAGACCAACCCUAACAAUGGGACCAAUCUUUUUCGGGUAGAAGGCAGUUUUGACAGCUGUUUCCCGGAUUCUCUUACACUCGAGGAUGGAGAUUUAGUGCAGUUUGUGCAGGAAGGAGAGAACGGUCAAUGGUUAGUGAAGAAACUGGUCUCUGAGAAAAGCGACUGGGUUCCUUCCAGUAUAUUGCAGCCAGCAGAGGGGGACAGUAACAACAUAAUUAAGAACAGCAAUGCAGACAUGUACAACGAUUCCUGCAGUAUGGCCUCAGUAGAGUCAGACACCAAGGAGAGCGAGGUGGCCAAAAGCUUCCCAGCAGAACAGAGGGCUGGCAGCUGA